CACUCCCAAAUACUUCAAUAAUUUUCCAUAAGCAUUCUCAUUCCUUGUCACUUUCUUUGACAAAACAUAGAGAUACAGAAUAUAUAAUAUGGGACCGUGUCUAAAGGUGGCGGUGAUCGGAGCCGGUGCGGCGGGGCUCAUCGCCGCCCGUGAACUUCAAAGAGAAAACCACCGAGUCACGAUCUUCGAAAAGGCCGACCAACUCGGUGGAACAUGGGUCUUCGAUCCACAAGUCGAGGCUGAUCAACUCGGUCUCGACUCAAACAGAGAGAUCGUUCACAGCAGUCUCUACUUUUCGCUUCGCACCAAUCUCCCUCGACAGCUCAUGGGUUUCUCGGAUUACCCGUUUGGCAUCCGAGAAAAUGGAGAUCGAAGGAAUUUUCCCAGGCACGAAGAGGUGUUGAGAUUUCUCAACGACUUUGCGAGGGAAUUCGGAAUCACUGAGUUGAUUCGGUUUGGAACUGAAGUCGUCCGAGUUGAGAGGGUUGACUUGAGGAAUGAUGAGUGGGUUGUUGAGUCAAGGACGAAUGAGUCGAAUCGGGAAGAGGUGUUUGAGGCAGUAGUGGUUUGCAAUGGUCACAACACGCAACCUCAAGCGGCCAAUCUUCCAGGUAUCGAGAAAUGGCCUGGUGAGCAAGUACAUAGUCAUAAUUAUCGUCAUCCAAAACUAUAUCAAAAUCAGGUGUUGGUUAUGAUUGGAAAUGGACCAAGUGCAUUUGAUAUAUCAAGAGAAAUUGCAACGGUUGCCAAAGAAGUUCACCUUUCAUCAAGAUCACCUCAACAUCUUCAAGUCUCAAAGCUUGACAAUCAUCACAACAUAUGGCAGCAUUCAAAGAUAGUGAAUGUUUGUGAAGAUGGGACAGUAGCCUUUGAAGAUGGAUCCUAUGUUCAUGCAGAUACCAUUUUCCACUGCACUGGGUACAAAUACAAUUUUCCAUUUUUGAAAACAAAUGGAAUUGUAAGUGUUGAGGAUAAACGUGUUGGACCUUUAUACAAACAUGUUUUCCCACCGAAGCUUGCUCCUUCACUCUCUUUCAUUGGAAUUCCAGAAAGGGGUAUAACUUUUCUUCUUAUGGAGUUACAAUCAAAGUGGAUAGCAGGGGUUUUAUCUGGUAAGUUGCUUUUGCCAUCUAAAGAGGAGAUGCUAGCUGAUGUUCAACAACAUUACCUCCAAAUGGAGGAAUCUCAAAUUCCCAAGCAUCAUACCCAUCUUCUUAAUCCAUUUGAGUUUGGGUACAUGCACUGGCUAGCGGCUCAAGUAGGAUUACCACCACCAGAUCAACGGCUGACACAGAUUUUUAGUCAAAUUGUUAUGUGCUUCAUUUUGGGAAAGGAAAGUUUUAGGGAUGAACUGGAUAUUGAAAGCUUGACACGUGUUGCGGCAUGAUUGCUGCGUCAUUAUUGCAAUUUAUGUAUUUUCUAGAAAAUUUUAGGGUUAAUGACAUUAAGAACCAUAAUUGUUAGUAAAUAUCAAUUAAUUCCCUUUUGUCUAUGAAUCCGAACAUAUUAAUUCCCUUAA